AAUUAUGUGGACAGGGCUGAGAGAUCUAGAUAGAAAAGAACAAUCAAAACAACAAUAUGUGCAAAUAAACGGAGUGACGAGUACGAGUGCAAUUAAUUGUGCAAUAACAGAAGUUGAAAGAUAACUGCUGCUGCAGCUGUUUUGAUUCUACGAGGAGGAGACACAGAGCAGACGCAGACACGGGCAUUCCAAUGCACUUUCUCCAGAGCAAAACCUGUCGAGUGGCUUAUUUGACAUCCAUUCGGAUAUCAAUAGAAAAAUAGAGGCCAAGCCACAGCCAGUAGACUACCAAGCAGCGCACCUGUGUGCUGGAGCUGAAGCACACACAGCCACAGAAAUAGCAACAAAAAGUUGAUUGGCGUCUUUUGCUGUUUUAUUGGCAUUAGAGCCACAGUCACAUCUUGGCCACUCUUGUGAUCGCUCGCUCGUUCAUUCCACUUCUGCUUCCACUCCCCAAAACGCAGAACUCAAAACUCAAAAAGCAAAACGCAAAAGAAUUCCAUAAUUUGCAUAUGCCACACUCGCAUGCACAGAGAUCAUCAUCAUUGAGAGGGGAGGAGCCGGAGUAGGAGGAGGCAUGCUUGUCGAAUUGAGUCAUUAUUUGAUUGCCAGUGCCCAGAAAACGUGAGUUUUAGCGAAGAGUGUGCUCCCUCACUCAUCAUAAUUCCGUUCGUUCAACGUCUGUUUGGACACUUUCUCGGCAUAGACACAUACACAAAAUAGAAGGAUAGGAUGCCUGCUCUCGGGGAGAAAGUGCGUCGCCUGCUGGAGGCCAAAGAUUUGGGCGACAUCACCACAGAGCUGUGCGACUUCUCGCUGAAAGAGCAGAACGCCACCGCAGAGGCGCAGGGAGUGCAGCCGUCGUCGGCAUCCGACUUUAUGCCCAUACUCGGACAGACGGUCACCUACAUUGUGGCCUGUGUGCUGAUCAACGAGCACGACGAGCUGCUCAUGAUCGAGGAGGCCAAACAGAGCUGUGCAGGUAAGUGGUAUCUACCCGCUGGACGCAUGGAGCGGGGCGAGUCCAUCACAGAGGCCGCCGCAAGGGAGGUGUUUGAGGAAACCGGACUGAAUGCGGAGAUAACGACCCUGCUCGCUGUGGAGGCUGCCGGGGGCUCCUGGUUCCGAUUUGUGAUGACGGGACGCAUCACUGGCGGUCGCUUGAAGACGCCGGCAGAUGCGGAUGCGGAGUCCAUUCAAGCGCGAUGGGUGCUGAAUCCCCAGGAGAUGCCACUGCGGGCCAACGACAUCCUGAACAUCAUUGACAUUGGACGGGCCUACCACAAGGGAGCCAGGAAGACGGGAGCGCUGGAGAGUGCCAGCGAGCCGCUGUGGCACGGCAGCAUCCUGCCCACGCGAUUCCCCCACAGGAGGAAUUACCUGCGUGUCCUGGCGGUGGCCCGAAAGCGGGCCAGCAACUCGAUGAACAUCCUCAUCAGCGAGAAGAACGCCCACCACUUCCCCACGGUGGAGCUGCACCCGAAUCGCAGCCUCCACUCGACGCUGCGCAAGUUCAUGAUUGAGAUUUUUGGAGCGGAGCUGCCGCAGCACAAGCCUCACGGCCUCUUGAGCGUGGAGCACUGUGCCUCCGAGGGGGAGAACACGGACGGAAUAUGCCUGAAUCUGCUGGUGGCCUUUCGGCCGCCCAUCGAGCAGAUAUCGCUGAUUGGCAAAUGCAUUUGGCAGGAGCUGGCGGCCCCCUUGGACGAGAGGCUGGGGCGGAUUGUUAGCAGCAAACAGUCCUCGAUACCACUCAGUGUGGUGCGAUAGGAGGACCCGGCCAGAAUAACGAGGAUUAGGAUAGCAGCGUGCCUUAGUCUUUAGUCGUAGGUUAAAUCCCCAGUGGCCCUCCUAUCCCCUAUCCAAUCCAUGGUGCAAGCAAUCUAUAAUCCACAAUUUAGUUGCAAUUAAAGGAACACACAGAUCACA